GUAGUUAGUUACUUUAUUUCAUAUGAUAUGAACCGCUUUCUCUCUACUUUUUCUCUCUAUAUAAACCGCUUGCUUCUUGUUUGUUCCACACUUUGUGUUUUGUAUUUUCACGUUAAUUUACCUCGGUAAAAGAUUUUCUUAUUUGCGGUUGUAAGAUUUACAGAAGAAGAAGAAGAAGAAGAAAUUAAAAUGCAUAUUGCUCAUUUCAUAUUCGGUAUUUUUGGAAAUGCCACUGCUUUGUUUCUCUUCCUGGCCCCAACGAUCACAUUCAAGAGGAUCAUAACAAGCAAAUCCACAGAGCAGUUCUCUGGAAUCCCCUACGUCAUGACUAUGCUCAACUGCCUCCUUUCAGCCUGGUAUGGUCUUCCUUUCAUUUCUGAAGACAACCUUCUAGUUUCAACAAUCAAUGGUGCAGGGGCGGCAAUAGAGUUGCUUUAUGUGUUAAUCUUCCUAAUCUUUGCGCCUAAGAAGGAAAAGGCCAAAAUAUUUGCCAUUUUUGUGUCAGUUCUCACUGUAUUUGCAACUGUAGCUUCAGUGUCCCUUUUGGCCCUCCAUGGCAACGCUAGGAAAAACUUCUGUGGUUUUGCUGCUACAAUUUUCUCAGUUAUCAUGUAUGCCUCACCUCUCUCUAUCAUGAGAAUGGUGGUUAAAACUAAGAGUGUGGAGUUUAUGCCAUUCUUCUUGUCACUGUUUGUGUUCCUCUGCGGCACUUCAUUUUUUGUUUAUGGGCUACUUGGUAAAGACCCUUUUGUAGCUGUGCCCAAUGGGUUUGGCUGUGGGCUUGGGGCAAUGCAGCUGAUCUUGUAUUUCAUCUACCACAAGAAAGAUGAGCAAACGAAGCCUGAGGCGGCAAAUGGGGGUGUUGAGAUGGGCCAAGAGAAACAAGCUGUGACCAACGGGGCUAAAGUAGAAGUAGUUUAAGGAUUGGGGUGUGCAGGAUUUGUUAAAAACUUGAUCCAUAAUUUGUGUAUCUCUUAGAAUCUGUCUGUAAUUUCACUUUUGUAUGUUCUCUUUUUGUGUAAUUUUGAAGUGGGAAAGCCAAAUUAUGUCUUUUGCA